AUGCCUAUCGCACGCUCAUCCGAUGUCAUACAGAUCAUUUAUCAAUUGAGCGCUGGUACAAUGCGCUCCGGUCUUCUCGUUGUGAUGAUUCUCGCAACGAUUUCGCGAUGUGGAGGAAACAAAGUAUAUGGUAGCACAGUCUUUUUGGUUAGCAACACAUCAUUGGAUACCACUCAAAUGAGAGAGAAUUGCACAAACAUUCCGGCUAAAAUUGAAAGUGGCAGCAUUGUUUUCGUAGUACAAGAUUUAUCAGAAGAUUGUAAGCAACAUUUCAAAGGCAGGUGCACAUGGGAUGGUGAAUGUUUUCUGAGAUUGGUUUACUGGCCUCGGGGCGAACUUCAUAAAUCUGCAAAUGGCAUAGAUUUGAAAGAGUUAAUCAUAAAUGUGAACUGCUCUCAUCGUGAACAAAUAGUUAAGCCAACAGUACAAAAACCUAAGCCAGUAGUACAAACACCUAAGCCAAUAGUACAAACACCUAAGCCAGUAGUACCAAAACCUAAUCCAACAGUACAAAAACCCAAGCCAACAGUACAAAAACCCAAGCCAAUAGUACAAAAACCCAAGCCAACAGUACAAAAACCUAAGCCAACUAAAGCAACCACGAAAAAAGCUUCAACUCCCACCUCAACAUUAAAAAAAAUAAGUGCCGAGCAAGCGACACCUUCAACUGACAACGAAACUGAUGAUGACGACGAAACGAAUAAGGACGAUGAUGAGACAUCAAGUCCGUCUUCGAACUCGCACAAAGGCUCGAAUUCACACAAAGGCUCGAAAGAAACUGCGUGCAUACCGUGUGAUGGUCAUUGUCUAUCAACAGGAACAAUCGCUAUUAUACUAGGACCAAGCUUAAUUUUGUUGUUGGCUUUUGGUGUGGGAAUUGGUUAUAUGAUAGCACGCAUAUGGUCAGCUACGGCUCGAAUAACGCCAGGAUUGAAGGGCACUCCAGACAAAGUGGAUCCUUUGAACGUGUCACGGGUCGCUGAAGUAAUGGAACCGCAAUCUGAAACACAAACUGUUACAUCUCAGCAUGGUUCACUCGUAGCUCCAAUGACAGAAACUACAACGGCCGCAAAAUUCACGAAGGUAUUUGAAACAGUAUACGGUGAUCAGGAUAACGAGAAAUCGAAUACGACGCCGAUUCAGAAUCCAGUUCCACAAGCGACGGUGCUUGAUAAUGCUUAA